CUGCAUUUCCGCCGUCGCUGUGCGCGUGGAGGCGGUUCUUGCCCCUUUGUCCACGUUUCGUCGUGGAUCCUACGCCAUCUGCACGUAUCCGGGUUCCAUCCGCGGACACCGGUAUUUUCCCGCACUGUUGGCUUUGUCUCCGCCGCUCUCCCGCGCGGUCUGGUCGUGGGGCACCCCGGGAGUGUCACGUGGCUGCUUUGGGUGAGAGGUGUCCUCGGGGAGAGCCAAGACUGAGACCCAGGUUGCUGACGCUGUAACUGGGGCUGGACUCUGGUGCGACUCUUGCUUGUGCUGGCCGCGGCAGGUGGCGCCCAACGUGGGGCUGUUCGACAGUUUUCCUCGCCACUACUCUUGUUAGCUGAAAAGAGUGAGUAUAUAAGUAUACAAGUGAUUUAAAUUAAGGAGGAGUAGUAAGGUAUAUAGUUGAGAGUAUAAAUAUGGGACAGACGCAUAGUCGUCAAUUGUUUGUACACAUGUUAUCUGUAAUGUUAAAACAUCGGGGAAUUACUGUUUCCAAACCUAAAUUAAUCAAUUUUCUUUCAUUUAUUGAGGAAGUUUGCCCUUGGUUCCCCAGAGAAGGCACAGUAAAUUUAGAGACAUGGAAGAAGGUAGGGGAACAAAUUCGGACUCAUUAUACUCUACAUGGCCCUGAAAAAGUCCCUGUUGAAACUUUAUCCUUUUGGACACUAAUUCGUGAUUGCCUGGACUUUGAUAAUGAUGAAUUAAAACGUUUAGGAAAUUUAUUGAAACAGGAAGAAAAUCCUCUCCAUGUUCCUGAUUCGGAACCCAGGUAUGCUGUUCCCGAGGGAGUUGAAGGCGACCCUCCGUUUUCUAAAUUAUCGCGUCCUUCGGAUAAUGAUGAUUCACUUUCAUCCACAGAUGAGGCAGAAUUAGACGAAGAAGCUGCUAAAUACCAUCAAGAAGAUUGGGGUUUUUUAGCACAAGAAAAGGGGGCGUCAACAUCUAAAGAUGAUUAUUGUUUAAAAAACCUCACUGUUGCUUUACAGAAUUCAGGAAUUAAGCUUCCUAAUAACAACUCUAAACCUCCUUCUGCUCCGCCUCCUCCCCCUGCCUAUGCUCCUUCCAUUAUAGCAGGUCUCGAUCCCCCUCCGGGGCCUCCUCCUCCUCCUCCUCCAUCUGAGAUUAUGUCUCCGCUGCAGAAGGCAUUGAAGCAAGCACAACGACUUGGUGAGGUCGUCUCCGAUUUUUCUCUUGCUUUUCCUGUCUUUGAAAAUAACAACCAGCGUUUUUAUGAAGCGCUGCCUUUCAAACAAUUAAAAGAGUUAAAGAUUGCUUGCUCACAAUACGGUCCUACCUCUCCAUUCACUGUUGCUAUGAUAGAAAAUUUGGGUACUCAAAAUCUACCCCCAAAUGAUUGGAAACAAAUAGCUAGGGCCUGUCUUUCGGGGGGAGAUUAUUUACUAUGGAAAUCUGAAUAUGCUGAACAGUGUGCUCGUAUAGCCGAUGUCAAUCGGCAACAAGGUAUACAGACUUCCUACGAAAUGUUGACUGGUGAAGGUGCUUUCCAGGCUACUAAUACUCAACUCAACUUUUUACCUGGUGCAUAUGCACAAAUAUCAAAUGCAGCUCGACAGGCAUGGAAAAAACUUCCUAGCUCUAGUAUUAAGACAGAAGAUCUCUCAAAAGUCCGACAGGGACCUGAUAAGCCUUAUCAGGACUUCGUGGCACGGCUCUUAGAUGCUAUAAGAUGCCAAAGCGCCGCGCUAGAUCCCGGAGAGGCUGCGGAUACAAAAUGGGGCGGCUGCGGCUUUUUGGGCAUACAUUCCCGAUCCACCUACGAUUCAAUCAUUAGGAUGGGAUAAAGAAGUAGUACCUGUCUAUGUCAAUGAUACAAG